GUAAUUGCGGCAUUAAGCAUUCAGCCCGUCAGCGGAGAGGACGCGUAGUUGAAGAUGUGGUCACUGGCUGUGGUUUUGUUGCUGCUGAGGUACAUCAGCGCAGAGGUCGUCACGUUCCAGAAUUGUCCUGUAUCUGAUGACGAUCCUGCCCUGGAGCCGAACUGCACCAUCAAUGAAGUAAGAAUCUCACCAUGUGUAGAAGCGUUGGAGAAUUUGCCCUGCAAAAUUAAAAGGGGCCGAUCAGCCUCCAUCCAGUUCGACUUCACGCCCACUGUGGGUAGUGAGACAUUGACGGGCAAAGUCUACUGGGUUAAUCAGAUGGGAGACCUACCUUUUGUGGGGAUGAACUCUGAUGCCUGUACUUUUACUACAUGCCCCAUCCAGCCAGAUAGGAGGCAGACUUACGAAUACCAGCUCAGCAUUUCCAAGAGGUUCCCAGUGAGGGCGUACGACAUAAAAUGGCGGCUGUGGAAUGAGGAUUCGGAUCUACUGGAGUGCUGCUUCACUACCAAGAUUAAGCUGACUAAGUAGUAAAGCGAGGCUCCAACCGCCAUCUCCUCUCUUAAGCGAACCAUGUUUUAGACACAAACUUCGAAAGUCAGCAAAUCAACAUGAAGUGGGAACGGUAUAAGUUUGUUAGUAAUAUUAGGUAUGGACUAUGAGACACUUGUGGGUGUAUUUGUGACACAACAGAACAUAUUCCGGUACAAGCGUAUGUGAUGCUUCCUCUACGUGUCAAACGCCGUAAGGAUAUCGUGUCAACUGCGCACACACACCCACACAGACAAUUCUAUGUAAUUGCAGUAAACCUUUUGACGCGGUCUAUUUUGAAGAUUGUGUGACUUCCGCCCAUUAAAGUGAUGUAAACUGCUUUGACAGUUGUAGAAUGUCACUACAUUAAAUUAUGGGUAUUUUACUUAGGGAGUAAGGAUGUGGCAAUUCACAAGAAUUUAAUGUGAAAUAUUUUAAUCAAUUAUAAAUGAUGUGUUUCAGCAAAUAUUGGCCCAAUGAGCAGUUCUUUCCUUCGACAUACCUCCGAAAAUUGUCUGCACUAUUUAUGCAGCCAUGUUACUUGUGACGUGUUAAAAUGUGUAUGGAAUAUUUAAAAAUGUUAUAGAGGAAUACGUCAUCUGUUUAAUGUCUUUAGACAUUAUUCAAUAAAUGGUCUACAAAUUUAAGUAAAA